AUUCUCUCUCAUCUUCCAUCCAAAGGAAUAAAUAAACAUAAAAAGAAGAAACGCUUGCACUCUCUCUCUCUCUCUCUCUCUUGGCGUAAGCAAAUGGGGCAGAAAAGCUGACGCUAUAUUUUCUCGAGAAAAUGAAAGAAAGGGGAAGAAAAAGAGCUUUUGUGUAAAGAGGGAAUAAAGUUGGUGGAUUCAGAGAUUUUGCAGUGCCAACUGUUUUAAGGUGCUUGGCAAGCUUAUUAAGUUUAUAAGACAAAUCCGGUAGAUGUUAAGAGAGAAUUGGGGUAGAAAAUAGUAGAUACCUGGAAGCUCUAUAAGCGACCUAUGCUAGCACACCUUCUAAUUGGGUCGCCAGACUUAGAUGGACAGUUCCUCUCUGGAAGAAAGUAGUGAGCAAACUGACCGAUACCCAUUGCUAAUGGAACGAGUGGAAAGCCAUAGUGAUCAAGAGCACAUCAUUGACAUAACAAGGCAUGAUGAUGCUUCAUCAAGCUCAUCUCAUGAUGAGCAACCUCCUGGAAUGAACUUAACACAGAGCGAAGAUAGACCUUCCAGCAGCACACAAGCUCCCACUAAUCAGACUUCUUCUUCAAACAGAUUAAACUCUAGGAAUUCAUCAUUCAUGAGGAGAAGUGAUGGGUAUGGUCGACGUCGCAGGAGCCCGUUAAAUUCUGGCUUAUGGAUUUCUGUUGAGCUAGUUGUUACUGUCAGUCAAAUUAUAGCAUCUAUUGUUGUUCUGUCAUUGUCAAGAAAUGAAAAGCCACAAGCUCCGCUGUUUGCAUGGAUUGUUGGUUAUGCAUCCGGUUGCGUUGCAACGCUUCCUAUUCUUUAUUGGCGCUUUCGUAACCGCAACCAAGGUAUUGAGCAAGAUUUGUCACACUCACGUCAAGGUUCUUCUCUUGGAAAUCCCAGUGAGUCUACAUCCUAUACAGCUAUCUCAGUUACUCAAGCUUCAGAUGAGGAGAAUAAUCGUAUCACUGAAUCAGCAACAAGGAACAGUCAGAUAGCAGGAACCCUAAGUACAAGGCUCAAUGGAUUAGUAGACCAUUUCAAGAUGGCUCUAGAUUGUUUUUUCGCAGUGUGGUUUGUCGUGGGCAAUGUAUGGAUAUUUGGAGGUCAUUCAUCUCCUUCUGAUGCUCCUAAAUUGUACAGGUUAUGUAUAGUGUUCCUUACUUUUAGCUGUAUUGGAUAUGCCAUGCCUUUCAUACUAUGUGCAACAAUUUGUUGCUGCUUGCCCUGCAUAAUAUCUGUCCUUGGUUUUCGGGAGGAUUUUUCACAAACUAGAGGAGCAACUGUGGAAUCUAUAAAUGCGUUGCCAAUCUACAAGUUCAAAUCCAAGAAAAGUGGAAAUGUCAAUAAUCAGGAUGACUCAGCUGGUGACGGUGGAAUCCUUGCAGCAGGGACAGCAAAGGAACGUGUGAUAUCUGGAGAAGAUGCAGUUUGUUGUAUUUGCUUGGCAAAAUAUGCAGACAAUGAUGAGCUGAGGGAGCUGCCAUGCAUCCAUGUCUUCCAUGUGGAGUGUGUAGAUAAAUGGUUGAAAAUCAAUGCAUCUUGUCCCCUAUGUAAAAGUGAGGUUGGUGAGGGCAGCAGUGGCUCACCAUUAGCGAGAGACUAAAAUUAAACAGCAUAGGAAGAGAAUGGACGAGGUACCAGUUGAAGGUCGUGGGACAAUGUCUAAAUGUUAUUUGCGAUCGGCACCAGGUGGCUUUUGCUUAACGUGUGAUAGUUAGCAUGAGAAGCCAAAUGCUUGAAGAGCCUUACUGUGUUUUUUUCUACAGAUUUUUGCAUUUGGCCACAAGUUGAGCAAAGUAACAGUACCCCAGGCAGUUAUGGUUUCUGCAGCCAACCUCUCUCGUUCUUUUUCCCACCACCACCACUGUUUAUAUAGGCAAGAAAUUAUUGGAAUUGCUACUGUUGAUGAGUACUCCAUUUGCCCUUACCAUGUUGUAAAUUUAUUGGAAUAGCCUAAAUGCAAAAGGACUAUUCUCCCAUCAUCUUAUAUAUGCUGGAUAAAGGAAAUCUUGCUUCAUUCA